AGGACGCUGGCCGGGUGUGCGCGGAGCCCUGCCCAUCCCACCCCUUAGCUGCCAGGGGCUGCCGGUUGCCGGCAUUCAUCCGAGACAGCGGGGCGCACAGCCCGGGCCCCGCAGGAGGAGACCGUACAGACUCCCCCAUCCCAUCCCAUCCCAUCCCUGCGAUUCAAGAAACUUUCAAGGACCAAUGAACCCAAUAGCUCAUGGAAGAAAAAAAUCAUAUCAGAACAUCCUUGGUUUCCAAGUUACCGAAGUAUGGAACAAAAUCUUUAGGGAGCACCCUACAGCCAAUGUCAAAUAGGACAGCUGUUCCCUUGUCAGGGAAUUCUCAUAGCAGCAGUGGCAAAAAUUGCAGCAAGCACAAUGGCACUGUUCGUAUGUCUUCCUUUGCUUUUAGCUGGCAAAAAUCAAAUAAAUAUCAGCUUGGUGAUCAAAGUGGUGGUGAGUCUAACUCUUCCCAGAAUUCUAAUGAAAAAUUAAUUGAUUCUGAGAAGUAUCCUCCCUCUCAAGGAGGAUUUGGUAAAGAUGUGCUCAGGGUGGGCUUGAACAGCACUUCUUCAGUAACAUCAAAAACAGCAAAGCAAGUCAACAUGUUUGUGUCCUCCACGGAAGAAUUAAACCAAAAGUCUUUGCCUGGACUGUCUAGUUCAGCGAAAUUCACCAAAGGUACGUUAUUUGGCAGGACUUCGUAUUCUGGACUCAGUGCUCCAAAAUCACAUUUAAAUGGAUUUUAUGGAAAUAGGCCAUCUGUAGACUUGCAGAGGUGCAGAAUUAACUCCAAUGCCACCAGGACCAGUUCAGGAGAGAGUUUGGCACAAUCCACAGACAAUGCUAAAUCUUUGUCCUGUGAAAAAAUGGUUAGAUCACAAAGCUUUUCACAUUCCAUUCAGAAUUCUUUCCUACCCGCUGCAUCCUUAACCAGAUCACAUUCCUUUAAUAAAGCUGUAGAUCUUACAAGGCCUUAUCAAAAACAACAUCUGGCUAUUCGAGCAUCUCAGAGAUCAACUCUGUUGUCAAGAAAUGCCCAACAGUUGGAUGCACCCAGUGGAAAUGAACCUUUAAGAUAUGGAUUUACCAGGCCAUGCACUGCUAUAUCAACCUCUGGUUUAAGAAAGCCACUGCUCUCAAAUGGAUCCGGGGUAUCACCCUCUUUGGGGUAUGGAAUGAGUCGUCCUUCUUUACUGAAACCUACCAGACAGCAGUUUACUGGAAAGAUCAUUGUGGAUAACAGCAAAAGUACAAGUACUGAGAUGUGCAUAGUGAAGGUCUCUGAGAUUACGGUAAAUGUCAAUGGAGCCAUUGAGAGAAAAGACCUAAAAAUUGACAGUCAAAGAACAGAAUGUGGUGAAGCCCUUCAUGACAGUCUGGGGAAGCAUGGCUCUAAAGUCAUAUGCAUGAAUGACGAUGUGGAUGAAAUAUCCAUAUCUUCCUUGUCCUCUUCUGAGAAGAAUGACCUGAGUGAAGACUUUAGCGAUGACUUUAUAGAUCUAGAAGAUUCAAAUAGAACAAUACAAGUGAAGCAAGAAGUCCCUAUUGAAGAGUUAGGGCAUGGAAGUGCAACACCAGUAGAUCCAGUCACUUCUCUCAAGGAAAGUGAAAGUCCUCAUUGUAACACCGAUGAAUGGCUAGAUAUAGAUGUUUCUGCAGUAGAUGACAAGAAUGAAAGCACAAAGCAUACUAUUGGGAACAACUUGAUUUCUCCGGACAUGGAUUACAGAGCUGGCUCCUCUUUUGAACUUUCUCCAUCUGAUAGUUCCGAUGGAACAUAUAUGUGGGACGAAGAAGGGUUGGAGCCCAUUGGGAGUGUCCAUCCAUGUGGAAGUUAUGAGUCUUCAGAAAUGAACAGCAUAGAUAUCUUGAAUAACCUUGAUUCGUGUGACCUCGAAGAUGAUGAUCUCAUGCUUGAUGUGGACCUACCUGAGGACACACCUUGUGACAAUGUGGAGUGCGAAAAUAUGAAUCGUUAUGAUAGACAAGACAGAAAUACGCGACAGCAGCAGGAUGGAUUCUGGAAGAGGACACCGCAGCGUUGGAGUGCACAAGACCACUAUCACUUGGGCCAUGCAGGCCACUUUCCACAUGGUAAAAAUGACCUGAGCAGGGGCUCCAGCCACUUAGAGCCUCCUAUUGGUCACUUUGAAGGCUAUGGAGCACCAAACAUCUACCAGACUCCUAGACAGUUGGUGGGCUUACGGGAGAACACAGUGAUGCUUGAUGAAAUGACUCUUCGGCAUAUGGUUCAAGACUGCACAGCUGUAAAAACUCAGUUACUAAAACUGAAAAGAUUAUUGCACCAGAAUGAUGAGAAUGUCUGUCUUCAGGACAUCCCACUCUCAAUACCAUCAAGCCCAGAACCACAGGAUGUUGAGCCUAUAUAUAAGACUGAAGAUCUGCUAAAUGAGAUCAGGCAGCUUAAAGAAGAUCUGAAGAAAAAAGAUGAAACAAUCAAACAAUUAGAGCACCAGCUUGCCACUAGGUGUAACUGUCACAAAGAUGGCCAAAAACCUAAAGGGACGAUGUGCACAUAUGCUGACAAAUUCACACAAACCUCCUGCAGGAGAAGUUCUCCUCAAGUACUACAGCCUUCCAGCAGCCUUCCCAGUUCCACAGACCUCGCCCAGGGAAAAUUAAUAAAAACACCACAUAUCGAGGCCCGCAGUGAAUACCCUAAACAGGGCCUGCAUGAAAAUGAUGAUCAUCGCAGUCAAAAUGCUGCAAAUGGCUCUCACACAAAUAGCCUGAAUGAGUUGAACGUUUUACUGAGUAAACGUUUAAAUAUAAAGGACCUGAAUGAGAAUGAACCCUUUGAGGAGAAUUUGAAGGUUAAAAAGAGUACUAAAGAACCUGGAGAGCUGGCUAGUAAUGGAGAUAGUACACUACAGUCUCUUCCCUCUUCUUGUCAGACACCCACCCAAAUGGAUGCUAGAGAUGUGCAGACUAAGUUAGCUGCGAAAAGUCAACCUUCAUCCUCAAACCAGGCUUCUCAGCCAAAGACUUUAAGAGCUUCAGAGCCCCCAAACCAGAAUGCUUUAGUGCCUCCUACAGUAGCCAAUACUGCAUCAUCCCCAAACUGCUCCACUGCUUCCAAGGCUGAGCUACCACCACCAAGUAGUGCAACACAGCUACAACCAACAUCUAGUCAGACACACCUAAAGAGUAAACCGAGUCAGAGGAUUUCUAAACUUCGCCCACCAACUAUUUCCUUUGUUAAAUCUAAACAAAUAAGCAGCCCAAUGCUUAUAUCUCCAGAACCUCAGAAUUCCCAUUCCAAGACUAACAUCCCAAGGCCGCUGGCACAAAGAAAGGAAAAUGUGCAAAAUCAGAAUACCAGUUUGCGUUCUGGGGAUAGUUUGGUCUCUAAUCGGCAUUCCCGCCUCCCUAAACCAAAGACGCAUUAAAAACAUGACAUCCAUAUGCACGUCUCAUUAGAAUGAAUCUGACAUCAAUUGCUUAUCACAUAUUGACUGCUUUAGUUAUGGCUUUGUUAUCCAAAUCCUGAAUGAAUAUUAAAAGUGAAAUCUAUCAUUAAUAUUUGCCUAUUCCAAUCUGACCUGUUUGGAAGUUGAUGCUAUCAAAAACUCUGCAGCUUCUCUUAAGAGAACAUAAUGGUUUAUACUUAACUAUACCUGUGGCCUGCAUUAGCAACUGGAUUAUAUUACCCUUCUCUCUCUCUUAAUACUUAACAAAUGCUGAAGCCUGUGAUGACCACUAACCACUCUUCCAGGGUGCUUCACCAGGCAUUUGAGGAGGGCAGGUUGCUUGCAGAAAUCAUUUCUUGUUUUUAUUAAUGUGGACUAUCAGACAGGGAAAUCACUAUUUAAUCUAAUCUUUCGGUUCUGACUACCAGUUAGGUUUAUAGCAAUGGAAAAUAGAGACCUAAUCUAUUAGCAUAUCUUUUCCUGGCCAUAAUUUGACUCUGUAUUCCAGAGGCCUAUGCAAAAUCUUCGUAUUUAUCAAAAUUAUCCCAUGACUCUAGUGACAUGUAUUUAAUGUUGUUUUAAUCUAGAUUUGUUUUCCUACAGGUAUCAGAAUGUUGCUCUAUUUGCUUUUGAGCUCAUCUUCAUCAUUCACAGAUGGCAAGCAGAUCUCACAGGGUGAAAUGGCUCUUAUUGCACAGAAAUAUCACUCCAUCCAUGCAUUGUAGUGAAAGUGUAGUAUGCUUUUGUGUUAUUUAAUAGCCAUUAUUGGGUAAAUUUUUGAAACAGAGUGCUAAGGAUACUUGUGCAAAAACCUGCUAAUGCAGGUGCUUUUGAGAUGGUGCAUAAUGAGUCUUGGAGAUACGGGGUCCAUGACACCUAUGCUGAGAGUUUCACAAUAUACAUUUUAAUUAAGAACUUUUAACUUUAUUGUCGUAUUUUUGUAUUUAUUGACUUCCUCUUUACUAUUGGAAGACUCUGAAGUAUCCGACUUGAAAUGUUUGCACAAAACUUGGCUGUAUACGUAGGGAUUUAAAAUUAUUUUACAUAAAACUUUUUUUUAGUGACUUUUUACUAAAACCCACAACUUUGCUUUGAGCAAUCCUAUGGUGUCCUAAUCAGAGCUGGUACUCUGAGUAUUUCAGAGAAGGGUACUUUAUUUUUUUUUUUCCCCUGGGAGGGAACUCGGUGGGUAAAUAAAAUAAGGAAAGAUAUUUCUGCUCUCUCUGGGUAGGUAUUCUCUCUGAAGGUGGUCUUCAAAUAUUUGUCUGUCAGAUGGCAGCCGUGGGGGCAUAAAGUUUGUAAAUGCACACACUAUAGAUUAAGUGCAUAGCCAGUAAAGUGUUCCAAAAAUUUACCCUUGUAUCCCACAAAAUCAUAGCAUCUUGUUUUCCUCAGUUUUUAUGUAUCUGAGACUCAAGCAGCAGAACACUGUCAGAAUUAGUAUUUUCAAAAACUUACUCUCCAGUGUGUAACAAAAAAGAGAAAAAAACAAAGUUUUACUGUGUUUUAGGCUUUUGUUGAAGGAAGAUGUAUUACAGUACACUUUUCCAGGGAAUAUAUUGUGUAUGUAUACAUCCACAGGAAUAUUCAAUAAUAAACUUUGGCCCUUCUUAAGCCAAGAAUGGCUAUUCCCAGUGAAAAAUUAAGUGACCUAAACUUUUGAAUAGAUGGCACAUGAACAACGCAAGCAAAAUGCUCACGUUCUCUUUUAAUCAGCAGUGAGGUGAAAGAAAUCCAUAAGUACACUUUGUUUAAUCUGUUCAUUUCACAUCUGGUUAUACAGUUCUGAAAUAAAACUGAACCAUGUUUUUUAUUAAUUCAUAUUAAAAAAAUCUACUUAGCAUUAAUAUUGCAGUAGUUACAUAGAUUGAUCAAAAUAAGUCUCACAACACUACUGUUAUAAUUAAGUGUUUUUUUUCUAGUAAGGCCCUGAGUAUGCAGUUUGCUGUCCAGAAGCAGAGUAGGCCUUAAUAUGUGAGGAGUAAAUAAAACUGAUUUUGUGUGUGUGUGUGUGUAUGUAUAUAUAUAUAAAAUUAACUCCUGACAGUCGACUAUGUUUCUCCAGAGUUUGAAAACUGCUGAAAUAGUCAGGUUCUUGGUUCAUUUUCAGGUCUGUAUAGAUUUUUAUGGAAAUUUUGAAAGCUGACUUUCCUUAAAGGAAAGGUGAUUAUUUUUAAUUGUAUACAGUUUGUCUAUAGAGAGACUAUUUUCAUUUAAAGGAAUGCUGUUGGUGUAGAGAGAUUUCAGAGUGGGUUCUCUCACUCCCCUUUUCUUCCUCCCUUUCCCCAAUCUGAUUUACUUUUAAAGAGAUAGUAAAAUAAAUUUUUUUUUAAAUCAGCACCUUCACUGAUUAAGUUACAAAGAAAAGAGCCCAUCAAGGUUUUCAUAGAAAUACAAAAUGGUUUAAGAAAAUUUGUUGUGGUUCUUGCUGUUUCUAUAGAAACUUUAGUAACAUGUAUUCUUUGAUGUGAAAAAAAAUAAAUAUAUAUAUAUAUAUACACACACACACACAAUACACAUAUUCACACUCCCUUUUUUAUCCUAACAGACUAGUAAAUAAGAAAUGGAGCCAUGGGUAGCAGAGUUGCUACAUGUAAAAGACCAUGGUGCUAAUCUAAAUUGUAGUUGUGUUGAGUUGAAAUUCUGCUAAACAUUCAUUCACCUAAACAUAAGUACAUAUUUCUGCUACUACCAUGACUUUACCAAGGAUGGUUCCAGUGUAUGUACAGAAAGUCUAGAGUAUGAGGUAAAGCUUGUUAGUUGAUGAACAACUGGAAGAGAGGUGAUGAGGUGAAACUGAAGUCUUUCUCCUAUGAAAGAAAAAAAAUGCCGGUGCUGUAUGGAACUCUUCAGGUCUCAAAUGGAAGAAGCUACUUUAUUUAAAGAUGGAGAUGUUUCAUCAGUAGUAGUGUAGAUGAUUCUAAAUGAAUAAAAUUAAGGAUUAGAUGUAUCUGAACUUUUUUUUAAGUUUGUAAAAUUGGUUAUUGCUGACUUUUUCCAUCUGUUUCAGGUCUCAGACAUUCUUUUGUGCAGUACUCACAAAAGUAUUAAACUACUGUUCAGUAAGUGUGUAUAAAGAAGAAAAGACAAAUUGCAUAUUUUAACAAGUGAAAACACAAAAGGAGAAGAAAAAAAUAAAUUGCACUUUAAAUGAGCUUUAUUGCUUGGAGUUGUGCCUAAAAUAAUCUGAAUGCCUCCUGUUGUGUGUGGCUUUUUUGUUUGAACCUAAUUUUCCUGCAAGUGUUGUUGUUUCCAAGAGAUCUUUAUAUCACCUAACAGAAUUAAUAUGCACUCUAGCAUGUAAGAAUAUCCAUAUACUGUAGCACGUUUUCAUUGUGUAUUGAUUUUAUUUUUUUAAUCAUGGAAUUUUAACACCAAUGCAACUCAAAAGACCCCUUCUCUUCCCCCAAGCCGAUACUUCCUUAAUCCCAUUUGAAGUCAAUGGCAAAACUUUAAUGGAACUAAUAUUAGCCCUUGGAGAAUAAUGUUCCUAGAGUAUAUUGUGGAGAUGUUAAUGAAGAACCAUGUGCAAUACUAACCCAGGGGCUUGGUGAAAGUAACCAUUUACCAUAGCCACUGAAAGUCUUUUCACACAGUUCAUAUAAAAAUGGUUCUAGAAUUCAAAAUCAGACUGCAAAGAGGUUCAACUAGACUGCAUCAUAGAUCAGUAAAAGGCAAUCCAUUUCUGGUCUUAACUGCUGACUUAUUGUAAAGAAGCUAGAAGACUUGAAUACCAUUUAAGUGGUUUAUUUUGUUAUUUGCAUGUCAUUACCAUAAGACAUCCAUAUACUGGUUUAUUGCAUGUGUGGGGUGGGGACAGUUUCAGUUUUUGCACAGCACAUAAUAUUCUUAAUAUGGACAUUCUCAUACCAUUAAAAUGGAAAUCCACUCUUGAACUGGGCUUCUAGAGCUAUUCUUUUUCAUCUCAUCAUAGUGGCUGGCACGAAGGAGAGUGGAUUUUAAUAGAUGAUCAUGUUGGUAGGCAUGAGUUUUAUAAUCUACAACCAUGCCAUCAAGGAAAUUCAAGAGUACUUCAAUCACUGUUGUGGUAAAGCUGCUCACUGCCUACUUAAAGGACCACAAUAAAAACAAUGUUAACUCCAGUGUUGGUAUUUAAAGUCUUAAAUUCAGUAUUAGCUACAAAAAUUUCCUUAAUAUCUGCAGUGUUGGUUUUCUUAGUUUUAUUUUUUAAAACCAAUUCAGAGAAAAUACUGUAUAUUGGAAUUUGCUUGUAAAGUUGAGUUAAAAACCUGUAUGUAAAGAUUCUUUCCUUUGUGUUGCACUAGUGAAUACAAAUAAAAUUAAUAAUUCUAAGUA